CAUGGUUUACCGGAAUUUGUAUUGAGUACGAUUUGUAGAACAGACGUUGGUCAGGAACCGGAAGUUGGGCAGUGUUUUCUGCGUGGCGGGAAGUUCAUGUUUAGUUUGGAUGUGUUUACAGAGUGCAGUGAGUUUGCUGUCGGUUCAGUUUGACUGACAAAAUUGUCUUUUUUUUUAAGUAGGCACGAAGUGUCUCGCACACACACUCAGCAUGGCUGCGGAUACAGUAGAGUACACCAUAGGAGGAGUGAAGAUAAACUUCCCCUGCAAAGCAUAUCCCUCUCAACUUGCCAUGAUGAACUCUAUUGUCCGUGGCCUGAACCAUGGGCAACACUGCUUAUUGGAAAGCCCUACUGGCAGUGGGAAGAGCCUCGCGCUGCUCUGCUCAGCCUUGGCAUGGCAGCAGGCACAGUAUGCUAAGUCAGACCAGGAGGGAGGAAGCCCAUCAUGUGAUGUGAAAAAGCCAUUCGUUACUACCCCAUGUCAGUGUGUGUGCCACAACAGAGCUCGUUGCUCAUCUACUUCCUUUGGCACUACAGCGUCCCCACCAACUGUGAUUGACCUUACUGGAGAAAAUACUGCUGCACAAGUCAUCACACCUCCGAGAGCGGACGAAAAUCAAGCCAAGAGAUCCACUCUGUCAUCCAGGCUUUCUGAGAAAUUUCAGGCUUCCCUCAAUACACAGGGAGAACCAAGUGAUGAAGACUUUAAGCCUGAUAAGAAGCGCAUUCGGGCACCUGCUGCUGAUCAGAAGCAAAGCAGGAAGCGAAGAUGUUUUGAAAAAGGUGUGGUGUUUGAUGAGGAGGAGGAGGAAGUUGAAAGGGCUAAUCCUGGGGCUGAGAACUGGACUGUAGGGUUGAGCAGGCAAGCCAAACCUGAAGGCAGCCUGCCACCUGCUGAAUGCUGUUCUCCAGUACCUUGUUCCCUGUGUGCUUGUGCAAGCCUCGCAGAAGGGCAGAGGACAGGUGAAAAAGUCAAGGACAAAGACAAGGAAAAUAAUGGGAAGAAAGCUGUCCCCAAAAUUUUCUUUGGCACACGUACGCAUAAACAGAUCACCCAAAUUGCACGAGAGCUGAAGCGGACGCUGUACUCCACUGUGCCCAUGACCAUCCUGUCCAGCCGAGACCAUACGUGUGUCCACCCUGAAGUGGUACCCCACGCCAACCGCAAUGAACGCUGCAAGGAGCUACUCAAGGCCAAGAAUGGCCAGUCAUGCCGAUUCUACCACAAUGUGCAUAAGAUGCGGGAGCAGAGGUCUUUGCAGUGGGUGCAUGGGCUGCACCAAGCCUGGGACAUAGAAGAGCUUGUCAGUCUGGGCAAUAAGCUACGCUCCUGUGCCUACUAUGCAGCCCGGGAACUCAUGCAGGAUGCUUGCAUUGUUUUUUGCCCGUACAACUACUUGCUGGACCCCCUUAUCCGGGAGAGUAUGGACAUCAAUCUAAAGGGGCAGAUUGUGGUGCUGGAUGAGGCUCAUAACAUUGAGGAUUGCGCCCGCGAGUCUGCCAGCUACACCAUAAACCAGGCUCAGCUGCGGGAGGCCCGUGAGGAUCUUGAGGCCAUGGUGACAUAUAACAUCCGCCGGAAUCACCAUGAGCCUCUUCUGGCCUUUUGCUGCAGCCUGCUCAACUGGAUACAAGAAAGCUCCAGUAUUUUGCAAGACAGGGACUAUGAGUCUGCCUAUAAGGUGUGGACUGGGAAGGAAGUUCUGGACAUCUUCCAUGGUCUUGGCAUAACAGCUGACACAUUUCCUGUGCUUCAGAAGCAUUUUGAGGCAGUGCUGGAGAAGGAAGAACGGGUCGGGCUGGUGAAUGGGAGAGAGGACACGGUAGAGGUUCCCACCAUCAGCUCCAACACUCAGACUGUGCUCAAGAGCCUUUUUAUGGUGUUGGGAUUUCUGUUUAGACAAAACUGCAGGUUUGCAGAUGAUUACCGUGUGGCUCUGCAGCAGAGUUAUGUUUGGACUACCCAGGAGGAUGUGCCUGAUGCCCAGGGCUUUUUUGCCCGGCCACGCCGUCGCCGCCAGGCUGUGCGCACUAAAACCCUUGUGCAUACCCUCAGCUUCUGGUGUCUUAAUCCUGCUGUGGCAUUCUCUGAUCUGAGCACAGUAGUACACAGUAUAGUGCUCACUUCUGGUACCCUCUCACCCAUGACGUCCUUCUCUUCUGAGCUGGGCCUCAAAUUCUCUAUCCAGCUGGAGGCCAGCCAUGUCAUCAGCAAAUCUCAGGUAUGGGUUGGCACUAUUGGAGCCGGUCCUCAGGGUCGAAGGCUAUGCGCCACAUUCCAGCAUGCCGAGACCUUCACCUUCCAGGAUGAGGUGGGUGCACUGCUUCUGAAAGUGUGCCAGACGGUGAGCCGAGGCGUUCUCUGCUUCCUGCCAUCCUACAAGAUGCUGGAUAAGCUGAGGGAUCGCUGGAUGAACACAGGCUUGUGGGAGAAGCUGGAGGAACGGAAAGCAGUGAUUGCAGAGCCACGUGGAGGAGCCAAGAGUGACUUUGAUGAGCUGCUACAAACGUACUACAAUGCCAUCAGACAAAGUGGAGCCCGAGAUGGGGCACUUCUGAUUGCAGUUUGCAGAGGGAAAGUGAGUGAGGGACUGGAUUUUACUGACGACAAUGCCAGAGCAGUGGUCACAAUUGGCAUUCCCUUCCCCAACAUCAAAGACUUGCAGGUUGAAUUGAAGAUGAAAUACAAUGACCAGCACUGUAAAUCCAGAGGCCUUCUUCCUGGAGGCCGAUGGUAUGAGAUCCAGGCUUACCGGGCCCUAAAUCAGGCUUUGGGAAGGUGUAUUCGGCAUAGAAAUGACUGGGGUGCACUUAUUUUAGUGGACGACCGUUUUAGAGCCAACCCCAACAAGUAUAUCACAGGCCUGUCCAAGUGGGUGCGUCAGCUGGUGAAGCAUCAUGACAGCUUUACUAGCGCCAUGCAGUCUUUGGGGUCCUUCUCCCAGAGCCAGCAAGAACAAGUAGAGAGCCACACUGAGCAGCUUUCUCAGACUACCCACGAGUCCCCCAGGACUCGGUCAUCUGCUCUACAGUCCCUUCCUGAGCUUCCAAAACUCCACCAAUGCCUGAGCUCUGAUGGUCAGAUUACCGUUCCUCUCGUCAACCCUUCGGAAGCAGGUGACCAGAAGCCUUCACAGCUUCAAUCAGAAUCACUAAUUCCUCAGUGUAAUGUGCCUAAAAUCCUGCCAAAACAACAAACGAUACCCACCAUUUUCACUUCCACUCCAGUCAGUUCUCGUUUCAGGACCCCUAUCUUCCAAUCUAAAGACUCCAGGAAGGACCCGGACCAGUGUGUAAAUUCAGCAGUCAUUAAUAAGGACACCGCUUCUGCACCUGAUCAGGCAGUGAAAGAUCAGACUGAAGUUGUUCCUGAGAACAAACCGAAUGAGAUUCCACCUGACCCUCCUCUUCAGCCUCUAGCUCUGUCCCCUGUUGAGACACCCCCAUACUGUAUUUCCAAUCAGGAAACAAGUGUAGCAGCACCCGAAGAUGCUGAAGAGGAGGACCAGAGUCUCUUCUACACCCCAGAGCUGUUUGAAGGAGAAGAUGAGGAGUCAGCUGCAGCAGCUAGAGCGGAAGAUGAGAGGUCAGCUAUGGCAGCUACAGAGGAAACUCCUCUUAAGAUGGAACAGCUUCUUUGCCCCAUCGGAAAGAUGGCUGAUGGACAGACUGAGGAGUUGUUCAGGUCUGAGAUGGGCCAAACGAGGACCUGUGCUGGCUCUAGUGAUGUUAAAGGAGCUUCUGUGUGUCCUGAUAGAGACAAUGUUUCUCCUAACAGAGACUGUGUAUUGUCUGAGAGUGUAGCAGAGCAAGCAGGGGUGAGUUGCUGUAUAAGCAGUGAGGACAGGGCCACACAACAACAACACAGCAGCAGCAGCAGCAAGUCACGUAGCCUCUCCAGGUCCAGGCAGAAAGCAUCAAACAGAGAAGCAGGUCACAGUGCAGUGGAGAGGAAGAAAGAGAAAGUUUGCAAACACAGAAAGCGAGGGAGUAGUCAGGCAGUUUCACAAUCUUCAAAAAGAUCAAUCCAGACUCCCACUUUACCCCUGGUCCAGGACAUUAGAGCUCAAGGCAAGGAUGCAGUUACCACAAUGUCCCAAGUAGCAAUGGUGCUGAAAGCAGAGAGUAUAGAGGAUUCUGAAUGUCAAAGCAGCGCCAAGACCAUGCAGACCUCAGUUUUCUGUAUGCAGUACAGUAAUCCUAAAGCAAAGAGUACAGCACUGACAGUGAGGAGAACAACAAGGAGAGCAGCAACAAAGCGCAUGAGCUGUACUAAACCCACAGCAAAGGACUGUCAUGAGGUCACUUCUGAGGGUCAGUCUGCAGUGAGUUUUGAAAUGGUCACUCCAGAGCCACAGAGUAGAAAAAGUCAGAGACAUUUGGCUGUAUCUAAUGAGAGGAACAGUUCUCCUCAUCAAACAGGAGAAGUGAGUGAUGCCUCAGUUGUUUACCAGAAAGGGAUCAGAGUUCAAAGGUCAUGUGUAAGGAAAAGCAGGAAGAUCAAUAUGGUGGUAAAUGAUAAAUUAUCUAAAAUCAAGCUUGAAAAAAGACAGAAGCAAUUUUCCAGUGGUUCACCAUGUAUGAAAGGACUUCACUGUGGUUUUUGCCAGUCAGAGCUCCUUCCCUUUGUUCAAGGUGUGGUACAGACUGCACUGUGUAAACAAGUAGAAGUGUCUGAGUUAGUGGCGAGCUUGGAGCAGUCGAGUGAGAGACCACAAUGUCCGUGCGGUCCCUUAAGAGCCACUCAGUUUAAUGGCAAUUCCCUACUAAUGGUCCAAAACAGCUUAGCUUUACAGACCCUGCGCUGUUCACUUCAGCCAUACAUGCCUGAGAAUAAAAAAGGCUUGUGCUUGUAUAAUGCAAUAUGGAACAAGGCCAAGUGUUCAGUGACCCAGCUGCUGCAGUGUCAGACUUGUGUGUCUGACCACGCUGAUUGUGCCGUUAUCAUGGCAGCAGAGGUUCAGCACCCUAAGGACCCUGAUCUUGACCAGAUCUGGUUGGUUCCAUCAGCACUGCGGUUCUGCUCUAGGAUCAGGACUCUUGGGCCUGUUCAAGGGAGUCAGCAGUGAGCUGCAUUUUCACACUCUUUAGGGGUUUGCAUGCAUGCAAGUAAUCUUACUUUUUCUUAUAAACCCAACUGUAUACUUUACUCCAGUAACGAUAAAUGACAGCCUUACACAAUAUUGCUGAUGUUGCACAAUAAAAGUUUGUAU